AUAGAAUUUAUAAGAAAUAAUUACAACGAAGUAUCGAGACAGAGAUGAUUUUAAAUUAUAAUUAUUUACUGCACCUAUUAAAUAUGCUUCUAAGUAGCAAAAUAAAGCAAUUAGAUUAACCAAAUCAAGUAAUCGAAAACAUCAUAUCCUACUGAUAUAAAAUUGAUGUUUAAUAGUGAAAUAGCGUGACCUACAUAAGCUGCUGGUAUCAAAUCAACACGCGAGAUCGUUCGUUAACUGUUAAUUACUUGCCAUGUGUAAUGUUCAUUAAAGAUAAAACGCUAGACAAGUAUUCAGAUCAAACAUUUUAAUUCUUACAAACGUGGAGUAGAUAAAAGACGUCUUUUUUUCACACUUUAAAACAAUUUGGUGACGCUCGCAAUUGCAGUAGGUGACAUUGAGUUAUCAAAAACUUAUUUUAUAAUUUAUCAAAAUUAAAAAAUAUUUCUGCAUAUAAUAUUUUAAAAUCCAACACAUAUUUAUUUACAAUAAGUUAAUUUAGUACAACUUAGCACAAAUAUGUACUUAUUUUUCAUAGGUUGAUAAUAAAUGGUUUAAAAAGAUGUCGAGUAUAAAAAGUUUGAAGCAAGCUUUUAUGCCUAUCAUAUGGCUCAACUGUAUAUUUUGCAUGGGAGUAUUUGAAAUACCAAUAAAUCGUCCACGAUUUUUUCUAAGUGUUUUUUAUGUUAUCAUUAUGCUGAUAGGAUAUUUCAUUCUGUUUUACCAAGGAAUGUUCAUCUUCCAGAAAAUUUCCUAUGACUUUUCGACGUUUGAUUUGAUUGUCAAUGCAAUUAACAUCUUUGUUGCAGUCUUGGCUAUAAUUUUGUUUUGGAGGAAAUCACAGGCUAUAAAUAGUAUAAUAAAGAAAAGUAGUAUAGUGGACAAUACUUUGGAGGUAUUGGGAAUAAAAAAAAAGUACGAGAAAACCUAUCACAAUAUUUUGUUUCAUAUGGUUAUUUGGAUAGUAAGCAUAAUAAUAAUGUGGACCACGUUUAUGCUAUUGGGAUGUUACAAUAUUGGUUAUGGAUACUGGUUUUCUCUUUACCGAACCAUAUGCUUUUGUUUUCCGGUUAUAAUAAAUUCUGUAGUAGACCUCACUUUCGCCUCAUUUGUCAGGCAAGUAAUAUAUUUAAAAAAAAAAAAAAAAAAUACUCAAAUAAUAUCUCGUAAAAAGAUUGCCCAAAGAAUUGAAAUUGUUAAAAUUUUUUUGAAUCCUAAAAUAUUUAUCAGAGUAAUGUCUCUUUAAAAAUUGUUUAUAAUGGACAAAUAAACGUAUAAUGCCUAUGUUUAUGUACUCAAAUACUGAUUUAAUUUAAAAUGCGGCAGAUGUGUUCGUCAAAAAUUUCAAAAGACAAACAAUUUAAUUAAAAAAAUAGUACUCUGCGUAAAUGAAUUAAAUGACAAAAUUGUUAAUCAACACUAUGAUACAUCUGUUGCACUUAUCAUGGCAGAUUAUAAAAACUACAAAAAUAAGAUAACACAUGACGUUCAGACUCUAAGACAUGUUCAUUUGGAAAUUACAAAAAUAGCACGACAAAUUAAUUGUGUUUAUUCUGUGCAACUUCUACUAGAAUUGGUAGUCCAUUUUACGAUCGUAACAUCGACUGUUUAUUAUCUGUAUUACAUAUUUUUUGGCAAUUUACGCAUAAUUAUCGACGAUAAAAAUAUUAUUGGGAUGGCAUUAUGGGCAGGCAUUUAUUCAAUUAAAAUUAUAUUAGUAAAUUGGCUUUGCACGAGUGUGUCAACCGAGGCAUAUAAAACGGGUGAAAUUAUACAAUCUUUUAAGGGAUCUGUUAUUGAUGAAAAUUUGAAAGAAGAAAUUCAUCAGUUUACACAACAAAUAAUUCUUCAGUCAUUAAAUUUCACCGCUUUUGGUUUCUUUUCAAUUAAUAAUUCCCUCACUGGCAAGUUUUUUGCCACAGUCACAACGUACAUUGUUAUUCUAAUACAAAUGAACGUACAUGUGUAAAACACGUAACAUGAGAAAUUAAACACUAUAGAUAAAUGUUUUUUUAUUAAUACACGGAGAGAAUUUUCUCUUAGCAUUCAUCCUCAAAAUCUGAUAAUU